CCAUGUGACGUGUGCCGUGGGUAAUAAACAGUGUCUCAGACUUCAUCCAUGUGGCUUGUGUCGAUGAAUAAAGGCCUACCUAUGUCCGUCAACAAGAUCACUAUCACAUCGUCUCAACACACAAGGCUACAGACACACGUCAGUCCCAAUGUGUCACUAAUGAGUCCACCCAGCCCGCUACCACCUCUAUCUGUGUGUCCUGGCUGGGGUCUCCCCCUUCUUGACGAGCUGCCGGCCGGCCGCUCUCCGGUGGUCGGAGGCGAUGGCACUGAGUGAGCAGCGCAGCUCGGCCACACCGAGGUGCUCCCUGGCUGAGACGGCGUGGACGAACGGCCAGACCAACUCGGGCGGCAGCUGCUGAAGCGCCACCACCACGCGCAUCAUCAGGCUGUGCAGAUCCAUCGGCUGCACGCACCCAAACCAACACACAACACACACACAGAGGCUGAAUAUCCCCUUGUCUGUCUGUGUCUGUUGUCUUGGUGCUGUUGUCACUACACACUUUGAGCAGGUCGACCUUUGUGAGCACCAGCUGAAGGAUGACGGACCGACACAGACACCGCAGCAGAAAGAUGACGUGGGACACAAGAACCUGUCCGUCCUCGAUGUUUCUGUCGUGCUGGCCCUCCCUCCGUCCCUGCCCUACUGACUGACCAUGAGUCGUCUGCCCUUUUCUUGCAGCAUGUCCCACAGCCGCUCGUCGAGCUCCUCGGGCCCCCUGGUCGACUCGAUCAGACACACCACCCGCUCCAGCCUCUUGGCACGAGUGAAGUACUCCUCCAUCAGCACUGCCCAGUCGUUCUUGAUCUCCUGCACUCACACAGAACACAUGACUGACCGGCAUGGGGGCAUCAUUCCAUCCACCCAUGUGUGUCUGUCUUGUGGUGUGCUGUGUGGGGCAUACAGACAUACACACCUUUGGGACUUUGGCGAAGCCGUAGCCGGGGAGGUCGACGAGAGACAGGUGGUCCGACAGAUCAAAGGUGAAGAGGUGGCGCGUGCGGCCCUGCACACACACACACACACACACACACACACAGCGGUGCUGUGACGAUGCGUAUGGACAGGCACUUGACACAUCAUUGGGUUGCAUCCAUCGCAUGCACAGCACACCGGGUUGCCCGAGACGGGCGCGACAGUCGGAUCUCUCAAUUGCUCAGCAUUCUACAGUAAGUCAAUAUACACCACCACCAGCAGUACAUACAGCCAUCCAUCCAUCCAUUCAUGCCCACGCACACCCCACACGCAGCGUCUCAUCUGUCUGGCCUACUUACGUCCUUACCUACCGGUGUGCCUGACGUCCUGGCGAUUUCCUUGCCGUGCAUGAGGGCGUUGAUCAGACUCGACUUGCCCACGUUGGACUUGCCUGCACCGCACCAACCAACGAACCAAGAGAAGGAGAGGAGAGGGAUAUAUGCGUCUGUCUGUGAGGUGGCAAUCUAUUGUCCUUAAAGCUGGCUGACCGACGACAGCGACUUGUGGGAUGCCCGUGUCGGGCAGGUUGUGGAUGGUCUGGGCCACCAACACGGGAUGGGCCGCGAUGGGCUUGCCGAACAACACCUUGCUGUACUCCUUCUGCAGGGCAACACACAUGUUUACACGACAUUACAGACAGGAUGCCCUUAGCUCUCCUCCGAGUGCCUCCUGACUCCUCACGCACCUGCUGGUCUGACAUCCAGGCGGGCUGUGUGGUGUCCUUGGGGUUGAACACGUUCACAUACGGACGGGCCAGGUAGGGCGUCGCUGCCAGCCAGCCAGCCAGGACACACACACACACACAGAGCCAGAGAUGCAUCCCACUGCACCCGUUCGUUCCUAUGCCCUACUUGUGUAUCGGGUGGAGAAAUGCCGGCAUCCAGCAGCACCGGCAGCCGGGCUGAACACACAUUCGGCCCUUGAAGACAUCCCCCGCCUCCUAGUGCCGUGGGCAGAUCCAUCGCACUGCGGUGCGUCUGAGCGCCGUCUGAAUCCGCCGAGUGAGCCUUCG